AUGGAUAUCUUGGGUAAGUUUUUGACGCUGAAGGUUGACCUCACCAUCCUCUCGUACACGUGCCAAACACUGACGAACAUUCGCGGUCUUACAUACGGUGUCGCAGAGCUCGUACACGAAGAUCAGCGCAAGGAGUGUCGACCCUUCGACUGCAAGUACCCCGGGUGCCCCAAAGCAUUCUCUAGGCGCUCAGACUUGGCAAGACACGCUCGUAUCCACAGCCAAGAACGUCCCUUCGCCUGCCAAUUUCGUGACUGCGGCAAGACUUUCAUCCAGCGAUCCGCUCUGACCGUUCACAUACGCGUCCACACUGGCGAACGACCUCACGUCUGCGAAUCAUGCAGCAAAGCAUUCUCUGACUCGAGCUCGCUGGCGCGUCACAGGAGGAUCCACACGGGAAGGCGACCGUACAAAUGUCUUGUUGCAGGUUGCGGCAAGUCGUUCUGCCGCAAGACCACUCUCACCAAGCACACACGACGCAAUCAUGCAGAUGCCGAAGGCACUUACGCCGGUGUCGGUGGUGGUCCAACCACCAUUAUGAGCAACUCGAUCUCGAUGAACCGCAGUGCCCUGCCGCCUCACAGCCGUUCCACUUUCCCACACGGUCUCGAGUGUCAGUAUCUAUCCAGUUUGAAGCUCGAGCACGAUCCUUCGACUGCUUCGUACGGCUUUCCGAUGCAGAACACUGCCGACUACGCCAGCACUCCAUACAGCGCGACGGCCAUGUCGUCCUGUCCAUCGUCGGGCACCAGCUACGAGGGGUUCGACCUUUCGCGCAGAUCGAGCGCGGCCUCGUGCUAUAUGUCGAGCACCUCGCAGACUUUUUACAGUCCGGUGAGCAACAGCAGCCGCAUGUGUCCCACGCCUCACGCGCUCGCCUCGGCCUCAGAGCUGCCACACUUUCCACGCACGCCAGACCUUCGCGAUGCGCGGUCGUUUGAGGUGCACGGCUCAAGUCGACCUCAAUUCAACCAGCUGUCGGUGGCCAACAUGGGCUGCUCGGGAUGCGAGGGGCAGCUGUCGUCGGCUGGUCUGCAGGGAAGUAUGAUGUCGGGAGCGUCAACGUAUCCGAUGAUGACGAACGGCUGUCUGAUGAGCAGUCAAGAUGCUAGCCAGAUCGACCCCAGCCUGUGGGACACCUGUGCUUCGGCUGGUGCGCCACCAAUGUCGAGUGCAGGCUCGCAAUUUUACGAACAGACAAGCUUGCCUCAGUACAAAGCGAUGUUCCAGCAUCAGCAUCAGCAGCACCAACUCGGACAGCAUUAUCAGUCGACAGCUUUGUCGGAGGUGGCUCAGCCGGCCACGAGUAAUGAAUGCGUGGGAAUGCUGAGGUCGGUUUCGCAGCUGCAAGGUGCCUAG